AUGAGUUCUAUAAAAUGGUUAGUGAUAAGUGAUGAAGACGAAGAAACGGGUGUGGAUAAUUUUGAACGUGAAAUUUUCACGUCUUCUUCUGCUACGGAGUCAGUUACAACGGGAGUUGACAUUUCUGAAACAUUCCUACCGCUUAAAGAAUUCUCAAAGUUAAAUAAUAACCCAGAAAUUGACAGCGAUGUCUUGGUUGGAUUUGUCGACACAGAAGGACAAGGCAGUAAGUUCAUUAUGACUCAAUUUGAUAUUACAUUUAAGGACAUAACGAAACUUCAUAAAUAUUUCUUAGAUAAAGGCGAUGUGUUUGAUCUCUGUCUUUUCUCUCCUAUCCUUGUUACUUCAAAAAUUGUAAUUUUCUGGUGGCCUGGAAUGUUUCUAGUAGAUGCAAUACUUAAUAAUUUGGGUGCAAUGACGAAAUCAGCACAACGAAUCACACAAGAUGCUCAAAGUCAAGUAGAUGAUAUUAAAAAGUUACUGCUAGAGCCUCAGCAGGGUCGUAGUGAUAAAAUCAAAGAACACAAUACUAUUCGUAAAUUGUUGAAUGACUCCUUUGAAAGUAUUGAUAUAUGGCUCUUUCCGUUAAGUGACUUAAGUCAAAGCCGAGAAAAAUUGCUUUUUGAAGAUUUCAAUGAAAACUGGAAGCAGACAUUUAAAGAGAUGCGCAAAAAAGUUUCUGAACAAUUGAGUGUUAAUGAAUCAAAGCAUAGCACCGAUAGUUUUCGCACACUUGUUUUUCGUUAUGAUAUUAAUACUAUGAAUGUUCGAUAUAAAGUAGAGGGAUGCAAUGAUGAAGGCAUUGACGCAUAUUUAUGUAAAGAACUAGAAUAUUUUCAAAAAAAAUUGGAAUUGGAAGGUCUUCCUAAUAAAAUAGUAAAAGAGAACUGUGAAACUUAUAGUGGAUCAGUCCGAUCAAUAGCAUAUGAGUUCAAAAUACAAAUAGCAAGCAUAGCUAUGGAAGAACAAGAAUUUCGGGAUCAAGUUAAUAAAUCUGUACUUAACAUAGUGUUGCCACUUUCAAAAUUAAUUCUUAGAAAAUCUCUUAAAGAACUGACUAAACCAUUGUGGUGCAAUUUUAAUAAUAAGGUUAAGGAUUCACCAAAAAGGUUUGUACAGAAACACCAAGAUAACCUUAAAAAUUUUUGUGGAGAAAUAAAGCAGCAACUUAUAGUGCAAAAUGAAAUUGCUCAUGCUAAGAAGUUAACCGAAGAUGCACAGAAAGACUUUCGCACGCUUGUUAGUGAUAUGAAUCCUCAAUAUAAAGUAGUGGGAUGCGAUAAUGUUGGCAUUGAUGCAUAUUUAUAUGAAGAACUAGAAAACUUUGAAAAAACAUUGACAUUUGAGAAUUUUUCGGAUAAAAUAGCAAAUGAGACUUACGAAACUUACAGUGAAUCGGUCCGCUUAAUAGUAGAUAGGAUUAAAUUAAAAAUUACAACUAUAACUUUAGAAGCACAAGAAUUUAAGGAUAAUGUUAAUAAAUGUGUGUCUACAAUAACAUAUCCACUUCAAAAAUUAGACCUUACAAAGUCCUUUAAAGAGAUAACCCAACCAUUGUGGAGCAAUUUUAAUAAUAUUGUUAAAGAUUUUCCAAAACAUCUUGUACAACAACAUCAAGAAAACCUUGAAAAUUUUUGCAGAGAAACGGAACAACAUCUUAUGGUAAAAAACGAAAUUACUCACGCUAAAAUAUUGGCCAAAAAUGCAUAUAAUGAAUUCCGCACACUUGUUAAUAAUAUGAGUCCUCAAUAUGAAGUAGAGGGAUGUGAUGAUAAAGGCAUUAAUUCAUAUUUAUACGAAGAACUCAAAAAUUUUAAAAGAAAAUUGGAAUCAGAGAAUUUUUCUGAUAAAAUAGUAAAUGAAACCCAUGAAACUCAUAGCAAAUCAGUCCACUUGAUAGUGAAUGAGAUCAGAAUGAAAAUUGCAAAUAUAACUAUCGAAGUACAAACAUUUAAGGAUCAAGUCAAUAAAUCUGUAUCUAAAAUAACAUUGCCACUUCCAAAAUCAGAUCUUACGAAGUCCUUUAAAGAGCUAACACAACCACUGUGGAGCAAUUUUAAUAAUAUUGUCAAAGAUUCUCCAAAAGAUCUUGGACAACAGCAUCGAGACAUUCUUGAAAAUUUUUGCAAAGAAACAGAACAAUUUCUUAUGGUAAAAAAUGAAAUUACUCGCGCUAAGAUAGUGGCUGAAAAUGCAUAUAAUGAUUUUUGCACACUUGUGAAUAAUAUGGAUCCUCAAUAUGAAGUAGAGGGAUGUGAUGAUAAAGGCAUUAGUGCAUAUUUAUACGAAGAGCUCAAAAAUUUUAAAAGAAAGUUAGAAUCGGAGAAUCUUUCUAGUAAAAUAGUAAAUGAAACUUACGAAACUUAUAGAAAAUCAGUCCACCAAAUAGCAGAUGCGACCAAAAUAAAAAUCGCAAAUAUUAUUAUAGAAGUACAAAAAUUUCAGAAUCAAGUUAAUGAAUCCGUACCUAACAUAGCAUUGCCACUUUCAAAAUCGAACCUUACAAAUUCCUUUAAAGAGCUGAUUAAACCCUUGUGGCACAAUUUUAAUAAUAUAGCUAAGGAUUUGCCAAAAAGAUUUGUACAGCAACAUCAAGAGAACAUUGAAAAUUUUUGCGGAGAAAUAGAACAACAUCUCAUGGUGAAAAACAAAGAAAACAUUGAUGAAAUUAUUUCGAUUGCACAAAACAAGAUGAAAGAAAACUUAAAAAAGUCAGCCAAAAAAUUAAACAAUCGACUACCAAUGAAGGACGAGAAGUUUGAGUCUGAAUGGUCCGUUUUAUUUAAGCAAAACAAGGAAAUGUAUUUUAAUCUAGAUGUUUUCAAUAAUUUUCCUGAUGAUAUAAAUUUAACAUUUCCAGAAAAUUUGUAUAUGCAAUUAUCAAAUUCGAUUUGGGAAGAGUUAAUGAUAAAUAAUAGUAAUGCUUGGGAAAAGAAAGCUGAAGCAUUUCUCGAACGUGCUGCAAUACUGUUUAAAAGGAAUCUUGCUACCAAUUUCCCGGUCAAUAAUAAUAAGGUGUUUAAUAACACAGAAAUUGAACAUUAUCUUCAGGAAGAAUUAUUAGAGAUUUCAUAUAAAGUACCAAAUAUUUUCCCACGUACAAUGAUGGAUGAAAUUUGUAUUAAAUAUAAAGAAAUAGCUAGCUUGAUAGUAAUAGAAUUCCAGAAGAAGAAUGACAAAAAUAUUGAAAAAAUUCCACAAGAAAUUGAUCGAUAUAUUAUAAAUUGGGUUACCCUCUCAGACAUAAAUAUUAAGGACGACUUAGAAAAUUGGCAACACGAAGUUGCUAAGCUCUUAUUAAUUAGUACCAAUAUACCAAAACUGGUUGCUUUGCCAUCAUCACAAUUAUUAUGCAUUUGUAACGACAUUACAAAUUUUGAUAGAGAAUCAACUUCACCGUUCAGACAGGCUAUUAAAUUAAUUAAACAACGUGGUAUGGAGAACACUUUAUCUGAACUGUUUGUUAAUGAAAUAUUGGAAAGUCUCAAAUUAGAUAAAUUGAAACAUGCGCGAAUGUUGUUUAUAAAUCGUUGUCUUGGUAUUACAUCACUCACUCCUACAAUUCGUCACCAUUUUUAUGAACUACUUUUUGAACAUAGCCCAUUUAUUCUUGCAAGUCCCGUUAUACGGCGUAUUUUCCUCGCAGAAUAUGAAGAGUAUAAAGAAGAAAAGCAUCAAAAUGUAUUUUUUGACUUGCUCAAAACUCCGCAUGAAGCUUUUGAAAGUUUACCGUAUCUGCAAAUUAUCAAUGAUAUAUUAAAAAAAAAUGACCCUGACUCGCCAAUAGCAGCAUUGUCUUGUGAUAUCAUUCAAAAAACAUUUUUCGUGCAUUAUAGUUUAACUGAAUUGCAUGAUAAUUUUUCUAGUGCCGUUGAUUCACUGUAUAACAAUAAUAUGGAACCAUUACAAAUUAUAUCUGCUAUUGCUUUCUUGAAAGAAUACGUGCGUAUUAUAUGCGAUGCAAACAUGACCACCCUGAAGCAACAUGUGCGCAUUUCCCCUGUGGUGCCCAUGGCUAAUCACAUGGUUAAAAUUAUACAAGAUAUCAAUAACCACAUGAUGUUGAACUGGCAAAGGAUUCAUUCACUAAGAAUAUACUUUCUAAAAUACCUUCGAUCUUGCGAUUUUUCAAUGCAAGAUAUUAGGGAUCUAUGUAAAUCACAAGAACAAACUUUUCCUUGGCUUAAAAAAAUACCCUGGGGCGAUAAGGAUAAUCGAUUUACUUUUAACCCAUAUUGGUUGCAUCAUGAUUACGAAUACGCAGAAGAUUACUAUUAUCAUGUUUGUGACGAAUCAAACUGCAUUGAGACUAAAGUUAAUGUGUGUUUUGCAUCAUACUUGGAGAUAGCACAGUCAAGAAUAAAUAAGAUAUCUAUAAAGGAUAUGUUAUAUAAAUUAUUUCAUCUUGAUUUUUCCUCGCCAAAUAAUAGAACAUUGAACAAAAAUGAUCUUAUUACAUUUGCUGGAGUAAUUGCAGCCCGUCUACAUUAUAUUAGGGCUUCAUACAAAUGGACAAAAAAUGAAAAAAGAGUGGCUAAUUAUUUGACUAAAGAAAUAACAGCUAUGAAUGCUUCAUCGGUUUAUAAAGAAUUUCUUAAAAAACUUCUAUUAAACUCUAAUUCUUUGAUUCAGCUGUUCAAAGACAAUGAAGUCGAUGAAAACCUAAAUCGAAAUGACUCUGAAGGCGAUGAAUUUCUAAUGAAAUCAGUCAUUAUACACUUAAUUAUAGUACAUGCUUCCAUCCCAAAUAAUGCAAGUCCACUGGCUGCUUAUCUCCAUCAGUUACAAGCUUGUCGAAAUGACUUCAUUCUGACGAUUAUUGGUAAUGGUUCAACUCAAGGCGACUAUACUCGCUUAGAUGGGAGAAGGAUUACAUCUGUACCAAUCAAUCACGAGCCUGGAUACAUAGUUGAACAAAUUUCAACAGAAAAAACACAGAAUGUCCGCAUGAUGACACCACAAGCUUAUCGCAUAUUACAUUUGUUUGUACAUGCUCUACUUGGUGCAUCUGUACCAUCGUCUAUCGCAUCAGAAUUUUUUGCAAGGAAUGGUAAUAAUGCUGGAGAUACGAUGAAGCAUUGUCUUCGAAAUAUUCGCAAUGACUGGAAGGUGCUUAAGGAGAUUUUUAAUUGUAACAACGAACAAUUGGCCUUGAUUUUGCAUUCUAUUAUCUUUUCAAUGACAGAAAAGUCAUCAUCAGACGAAUGGAAAUUGGAUACCCCAGAAAAACGGGAAGACUUACAUGCUUAUUACAUGAUUGAUACAACUAACAAAACCAAGUUUCCAUUCUUGGAAGUUUUUUUCCGGCACGAAGAGAAGUUAAAUCUCAUAAGAAACCUUUUACCAAUUUUAAAGUUUGUCCAAAUCCUUAGGACACGUUUAGAAUAUCAAAUUACCAGACUAGAGGCUCGUGAAAUGACAUUUGAUAACUUUAUAAACCGAGAAUCCAAUAAUGGUGAACUUCAAAAAAUAUAUUUAGCAUUGAAUUCUACUUUUAAAAAAUUUGAGAAUGCGUGGAAUAUAGUGGCCCCACAUGUAAAGAGUUACGAAUGUUUACAAUUCAAGAAAUUUCCCAAAAUAUCAUCUAACUCUUCAGUUAUGUUUGGUUUAGUAGAAGGAAAAGAUGCUGGGAUAUACCUUUGUGCAAUUAUUUCUUAUCUGGUUGAAUUACAGAAUCAGUUUUUGGGAGAAAUAAUUGCCAUUCCUUUUAGUCUGUGUCUUUCUCUUAAGUUUUUAGAAUCUAAUGUAAACAACAAUAGAGUACAAUACUAUCUUCAAAGAGUACAGAUUCAGCAUGCACGACCUGCUAACUUCAUCGAUUACGAAAGGAAUGAUGAAAUAUUAAAAUAUAGUCAACGAAACUUGGAAAUUCGCUAUGGAGAGGACAUUAUAUAUGAUUUAUAUAAAAUUGAAAUGAAACUUGCACAUCAGCUAGUUUUUAAUAAAUGCCUUAUCGUUAUUAAUAAUACUUUUAGCAAAUCAUUUCCUUAUUAUGGAGAGAUGUUCUCGCGAAAUUUUUAUGUUCUAACAGAUUUUGAAAAAUUUGUUACUCAAGAGCCACUUCCAAUUGCGAAUAUAGACAUGGCACCGCUUGAUGACUAUGUGUUUGACAAAUCAUUUUCAUCUGAAAAUGCAUCUAGAAUGCUUCCUACUUUAGAAAUGCUAAUAUGUAGUAUCGAUCGCAAAAUUAAUAAUGAGAUAUCUAUCAAGGACUAUAUCUCUCAGCAAAUGGAUUUGUCUAUUUUGACAGAAAAUACAGAAUUUUGUGGGAUCGAUUUAUGGUGCGCUACCUGA